GGCAGUGAGUAUUUUGGUCCCACCUGUGAUUCUAGGAAAGCUGAAACUUUCUGUUCAGCAGAAAUGAUGGAGGAACAAAGGGUGUGUGUGUUUCUCACUAUACAUGAAGGCGGAGUUUCUCCCUGAGCCAGACUGCAGUUAUGUAACCGAGCCACAGCUUCCCAUCCUGAUGUGGAGUUCAGUCGCUCCAUGGAAUAUUACUUCCAGAGCUCCGACUCUCAGUGAUGUGGGAUUUCUCUGAGGAAAUUAGUUUUUAGAGCCGAGACCUCGCCUCGCAGUCUUUAACCUAAUUCAAAUCCGACUUUUACAGUGUGCCAAGGAUAGAGUCUUCAACUCUGGGAGUUUCUCUGCUGCGACUGGAGGAGAGUUUGGAGAUGGGACUUGGACUAAAGAUUACUUGGAUAUAAAAAAUAAAGGCUUCCAAACAUGGGCAGCGGACCGAGCCGGGGUAAGAAGGUGGCUCCAGCGUGUGUCAGUGAAGUGAAUGGGACUAAAACGUCCGCGGGAGUCACGUCACCCAAACACGACUGGCAUCCCUUCAACCCGCUCAGAAUCCACGCGGUGCUGCGCACUGCGCGUAACCGACCGUUGCCGGACUGUCACAGCGAAGGGCCCGAGUCCGACUUCUCUGACGAGGACGCGGACCGAGAGCUGGAGGCGGUUCUGGCGGACUACGAUGACACAGAUUCGGUGAAGAAACCUGCAGCCAAAAAACAUUUCCUCAGGUCCAGAACUUAUGGACUGUGCCAUUUUAGUGGUGAGGACACCGAGGACGAAGGUGUCCACGGGCCAAGGGUGAGAGCUGGGGGAGGACGGGGCGAGGAGCCACGUGGCUCCCACCCUGGACCUACAGAUGUAAACAUCAGGAGCAAUGACGCGUUCACGCGCUUAAAAACACGCGCACCUGCCCGCGCCACCCAGCACCAUGGCUUCCUGACAGGUGGAGUCCUGCUGGAUGCUGUUCCCUGUUCAUCAGAUAAACAAACGAACUUUGGGAGCUGUCAUGGCUCCUCUCUCACCAUGCCUGUCAUCCUGUACGAUGGAUCAGAGGAGGAGCUGAUGGACACGAUCGAGAGGGAGUUCAGUUGACCCUCCUCUCCCAGUGAGGAUUAGACAGCCAAGCAGUUGUUCUUUUAAGCUCUGCUAAUGCGGUACAGCAGUUUACAGUUGAUGUUUUCACAUAGAAACGGAACCAGGGUUUUCCUUGACAAAUUCCCUGCUGCCAGGGAAGGCUGCACUGAAGUGUAUUUAUACAGUUUCCAGGACAAACGUCACUUGUGUGGAAGGUAAACAGCUACUUUCUGCCGCCUUAUCAGCUAGUACGUCCUUAAUGAGAAAACACAUGGGCUAAUGGGUACAAAUUAGAUGGAACAUGUUCCAAGAUGGCCACCUUUUGAAUACCACAGCUUUCUUGCUCGCUUCUAUUCGUCCUCCUGUAAUGUGUAACCUAUUACAGUACAGUAUUUUCUUUAACUUAUUUGUUAACAGAUUGACUACACAUUGCUGUGGUGCCUUAUUUUGUAAAACUGAAGUACAUUUUUGUCCUUGGGUGUGUAAAGGGUACAUUGCAUUUUUCAGCCGUUUUUGCAGUACUCAGCGUACAGGACUAAAUUCUCUGAAAUGUUUAUUUAAAGUUUCCUUCCUGACCACAGUUACUGCAUUUCUCCACCCUGAUGAAGAAGGAAUGUGUGGCAGAAAGACUUCCAUUCCGACACCGAUGCAAUUCAGGGCAGGCGUCUGCUGCCACUUAGUGGUAAAUCUGAGUACUGUGGUGCAUGUGGAGUCUUGCGAUUGAAAU